UGGUUUCCCGUUGCUAAAAGGAAAAGAAAACAGAUUGGCGUUGAAGUCUCCACAUCUCUCUCUCUCUCUCCAACCUUUUUCUCUUUUUUUUUCCCAGGAGGAGGAAGAGGACGGACGGAGGCUAUGGUGGUGGGUGGGGCGCGCAUGAACGGCAAUUUCUUAUACUCCACUAUCUUCUGUUAGUGCUCCCUCCUACGCAUUGCGAUUUUCCCGGCCAGAUCCGUCGGCAGCUAAAAUCUCUUCCCCGCUCCCUUCUUCCGCCGCCCUAAUGGGUCCCUGUCCCUAUCAGCUCAUCAGCCCGGACCAUUGCGCCGGCGACGGCAAUGGCCUCCGUCCCCAACCCUCCGACUUCUCCCUGCGGAUUGAACCCGACACUCGCGGCUCCACUCAUCCCGAUUGCCCCGUCAAGUCCGCCGCCCCCAGCUCCCGUCCCCGCCUCGUCUCCCUCGACGUCUUUCGCGGGCUUACAGUUGCGCUAAUGAUACUUGUUGAAGUUGGUGGUGGAAUAUUUCCUUCUAUUAAUCAUUCACCUUGGAAUGGUUUAACCCUAGCAGACCUCGUUAUGCCAUUUUUCCUCUUUAUUGUUGGACUAUCACUUGGACUUGCAUACAAGAACCUAUCAAACAGAAUGGAUGCUACUCGGAAAGCAAUACAACGGACCCUUAAGCUAUUGAUUAUUGGAAUCUUUCUCCAAGGAGGCUACUUUCAUGGACUCAACAAUCUAACCUACGGAGUGGACAUCACUCAAAUCAGAUGGACAGGUGUCUUGCAGAGAAUUGCUAUAGCUUAUUUUGUGGCAGCUAUUUCUGAAAUUUGGCUUAAGAACGAUUGCAAGGUUGAUUCGGGAUUAUCUUUGUUAAAGAGAUACCAAUACCAAUGGGCCAUGGCUUUUGUGCUUAUUUCCAUAUACCUCUCUUUGUUGUACGGCCUUUAUGUUCCAGAUUGGGAGUAUCAGAUUCCAGCGGGAAUGGGGUCUUCUGAUUCAAAGAUUCUAUCAGUGAAAUGUGGUGUGAGGGGAGAUACGGGACCUGCAUGCAAUGCAGCUGGAAUGGUUGACCGUGCAGUUUUGGGUAUUCAACACUUGUAUGGAAGGCCAAUUUAUGCACGGACAGAAGAAUGUAGCAUUAAUUCUCCAGAUUAUGGCCCACUCCCUAUAGAUGCUCCUUCAUGGUGCCAAUCCCCCUUUGACCCUGAAGGACUUUUAAGUUCGUUGAUGGCCAUUGCAACUUGCUUUGUCGGUCUUCAUUUUGGACACAUUAUAAUCCAUUUCAAGGACCAUAAAGCUCGAAUAUUGCAAUGGACGAUACCAUCAUGUUGUCUCCUACUAUUAGGGGUAGCAUGUGACUUUCUUGGGGUGCAUAUAAACAAGGUCUUAUAUAGCUUCAGUUACAUGUGUGUCACUGUUGGUACUGCUGGAGUUAUCUUUGCUGGGGUGUAUAUGAUGGUAGAUGUGUGUGGGUGCAGACACUUGACAAGUUUGCUGGAGUGGAUGGGGAUGAAUGCAUUAGCCAUUUAUGUUCUCGUCUCCUGCAACAUCAUUCCUAUUCUUUUGCAGGGUGUCUAUUGGAAAUGCCCUGAAAAUAACAUUCUUUCAAUGAUGGGCAUUGGACAUAAGUAAGCAAUGCACAGAGAGAGAGAGAGAGAGUCUUCUUGUGGUUUGCUCUUCUUCUCUUUUAUGCAACAGAAGAAUAAAGUACAUGGGAGACCGGACACGAAAUUGCUAGGACGCUGCUGCUUCUGCUUUUAUUAUACUAUUUCCUCCAUUCAUGUUUAACUGAUCAUUAUGACUUUUUAAUGUCUGCUUUUAUUCAAAAAAAAAGUUAAAAUGGUCAAUUAAAAAAAUGAAUAGAGAAGUAGAAAAAAAGGAGAAGAUGUUAGAAGACAUUGGUUAAUGUCUUCUCCAAGAAGAUGCCAGGAAGACCUUUUUGAGUGAAAUGUCUUCCAAAAAACAAACAAUCUGCAGAGCCCAUCAUCUGCGCGCGUCUGCGCGGCGCAGACAAAAGAUGCUAGAAGGUCUUCUGGCAGAAAAACAAACACCCUCUAAGAGUAUAAUAUAUACUGCACAGCUAGCUAGCAAUGGUAGAGAAUUAUUAUACGGAGUACGUAGUAUUUUUAAUUUUUUUUUGUUUUUAAAUUUGAUGUGACCAUGUGAAUAUACAGUACUUCCCAUC